UAAUAGUUCAGAGAUUACAGGGUGAUCAAAAUAUUUACCUCAAAGACUGAUUUUACCUCGUCAUGAACCAAUACCUCAGCUACAGGGUGUAACAUUCUACACUCCGCUGCCUUAGAUGUUGGAACUUCAGAAUAUUUAUUUUUAACAAUUUAAGAGAUUUACAUAUUUUAGCAUUUACAUAUAUAUAUGGAUGAAUGUGCAUUACAAAAUUAGCUUCCUAUCUUUAAACUACUCGUAGGCCCAACCAACACAAGUUUUUAUUGAAGUAAAAUACUGCACUUAAGUUUAGUUUAAGUUCAUAAACUUAAUCUCAGUUUUAUCCGUCUCAAGCAAUAACAAUUAGUUCUGUUUAUGUCAAAUGUACACAAUAACCUCGGCUUUGUAUAAUUCUGUUCUUAAGAGAGGAUAUUCUGUAAAUUGUACAACAGUACAAAUUAUCUCAGGGCUUAUUGAUGGAUAACAACAGAAUAUAUGAUAUUUGUGCAGUAUUAAGCUUCAUAGGCCAUUGGUAGAUUAAUUAAACUGAAUUGUUUUAGUAGUCAAGUUAUGUGAUACAGGAAUACUGUAAUAACCUUUGAGACUAAGUAAUUUCUAACUGUGUCAAGUUUCAUCAAAUAAUGUUUAUAUUGUAUCGUAAACACACUUAUAAUCAAGCUACGUUAAUUCUUUAAGAAUUAGGUUAGUCGUGAAACUCGAGGGUACAUGUUGACCUUUAACUAUUUAAUAUUGGCGAACAAUAAAAUUCAUAGUUUUUAUAUCCAAGAUUGCCAGUAACGAUUCACAACAGAAUAAAGGGACACUAUACAAAAUUUAAGUGACCCUCCAUGGAAAAAUAGCAAUGCCCGAUUGACGACGCUAUCUUUAAAAGCUGUUACAAGUAUGAAUGAGAUAUCCAUGUUAAUAAAUUUUAAAAACUGAUUAUUUUCAGUUGCCGUUUCGAUACAAAAUUAACUUGUUCAUUGCUAGCUCUAUCAGAUAAAGGUUCAAGGCUACCGUUGUGAUUCGGGCAUUUGGAUCUUUGCACCGAGGGACACCUUAAUUACUUAAUUGUUUUCAACCUGACCCCCUAGUUUCCUGCCGCCGCGCCGGCCAACCCUCUUGCUUACCCAGUGUUUUAACCCACGGUUUUUAAAAACUUUUAAUUCGGCAGAUUCUUAGAAUCCCGCCGCACUUUGUUUAUUUCUGUUUUCAAACAGUAGAAAAGCUUUGAACUAAUCACAGCUUCAAAUCAUAUGAUUUUAUUGAAAUUAAUGUGUUAUUUAUCAGACUGUUAUGUAUGCAAUAGGUAACAAUUGUCAAACUAUCUUUAAACCUCAUAUUUCAAGGCGCAAAUUUCUAAAAUUAUAUUUCAGCUAAUCGCUCAGUAAAACACGUCUCGUGUUUUUAAACAAUUUCUUCUUGUAAUUCUAUAUUUUAUGAUGCAGUGUAAUUGGAAUAUUUUCCAAGUAAAUUUGUUUAUUCUAAACUCUGAAAUAUUAAUGGUUCUGCUGUAUUCAGCUCCUAGUAUAUCUACCUCAACCAUUCUUAUGCAUAAUACCUAGUACAUAAUUCAUGUUGGUAGCUAUCUAUCUAUCUAUUUCUACCCAGGACUCGACUGCACUAGAAAGUAAGAUCUAAUUUUGAAAUUUGUAAAAUGUCCUCUAGUUCUGGGUUGAUUACAUUAUAUGUUUGGUUGUAUUUUAAAUCUUGUUUUUGUGACACUGAGUUCCUUAUAAAGCAACUAGGUGCAAUCCUACUCUAAAGAAGAGAUCUAAGAAAUCUAGCACUUGGUGCAAAUCUAACUCCUCGUGCAUUGUAAUCUGUACUGUACACCAUGUACUGCAGAUUGUACCUUGUACCUGGAGUAGAUGUAAAUCUCCUCGGUGUACUCUCGUGUACACCUGAAGCAAAAUAAACUAAAUCUGGUUUCAUGUUAAUCCAAGACCUAGUCUUAGCUCCCUGAACAACCCUUAACUCAAGAUGAGUUGAUAAAUCACUACCCGUGGAUUGUUCCCCCCUUCCAACCCAGCAGCUCUGCUGAUAAAAAUAUAAUUUCCACCCUCACCCUGGUAUUCUAUGCCAGGGCGGGCAGAAUUAAAUUGUUCUCAUUGUAAACGAUCCAGCUGCACGGUGACGACCAUAACAUUGACUUUUAGAAAAGGAAAAGAAAAUCUUACAAUUUCUCGACGUGUUGGUUUUUAUCCCUCGUCACCCUGCAGUAAUGUAUGGAUGUACUUAAUAUUAUUGCUUCAUCUUGCUUUGAAUGAAUGUUGUCUUUGUGCGUUUAAUGUAACCUAUACUUAAGGAGAUAUUUUAAUAUUAUUUUAUGCUUAACAAACGAAAAGUGUUUUAAACAUCUUUUUUGUCAAUCUUCUCUGGAAAUAUAAUUUUGUUCUAAAUGUUUCAGAGAAAAUGUCAGAGCCGGAGCUGCAGUUGGAUCCUGCGAUUAGAACUUGGGUCUUCCUUCCUAUCUUUCUCAUCAACUUCCUUAUAGGUAUACUCAGACAUUAUGUAUCCGUCCUACUAUCAUCUCAGAAGAAGGUUGAUCUUGAACAAGUCAAGGACAGCCAAGCCUUAAUUAGAGCAAGAGUUCUACGAGAGAACGGAAAAUAUCUACCAAAGCAAUCCUUCUUGAUGAGGAAAAAUUACUUGAACGACGAGGAGACUGGAAUUCUCAAGGUUGGAACCCGGAAAACGACAGCUCCUCCAAACCCUAUGACGGACCCAAGCAUGAUGACGGAGAUGGUGAAGGGGAACAUGACGAGUAUGGUUCCCAUGAUGGUGGUUGGAGGAUGGAUAAACUGGCAUUUCUCCGGGUUCGUCACAACAAAGGUCCCGUUUCCUUUGACCCUACGGUUUAAACCAAUGCUGCAGCGAGGUAUUGAACUACAGUCUCUAGAUGCUGCCUGGGUCUCCUCUGUAUCCUGGUACUUUCUCAAUGUUUUCGGUCUCAGGAGUAUAUACAGUCUAGUACUAGGAGAGAAUAAUGCAGCAGAUCAGUCUAGGGUUAUGCAAGAACAAAUGUCUAUGCAGGCUGGAGGUAUGCCUCCAGACAGCAAACAGGCAUUUAAAGCAGAGUGGGAGGCAUUGGAGAUCACAGAUCAUCUUUGGGCACUCAGGAAUGCUGAUGUUGAAAUGAUGAGUUUAGUCGGAGAGACCCCUGACACCCUGCUUUAUCAUCAGAGUAGAUCAUUUACCGAAUAAAUACGUUGUAUCUUCUCCUGUUCCUC